AUGUACGCAAAUGCUCCAAAAAGGAAAACGACGUCUAACGCUACGAUAUUCUCACAGGAGAAUUUGCAUAUUUCACCCUUCCAGAUCAAAGAUUCAGAUGACUUGUUAAAUUUCGACAUCACAUCAUGUAUUCAAUCUAAUGAGUCCAUACCUUCGGAAACUUCAGAGCCACAAGUCUUUCCAUUUCCUACUUUUCACGCCAACAGCUACCGCACUUCUUCUUGCACCUGCGUCAAGGAGAACGUGAAGGAAAUGAACAUCUGUACGGAUACAGUGCAACAUUCCUUCCCAUGCACGGGCCGACUUUUCCUGGGUGAACUAACAGGCGGGAGGGAUCUUUUGAAUAAAAUACUUGAGAGCGAUAGCUUUCGUGUAGAGGACCGCACAAAGAAUCUCGAGAUUGAGCUUCUCAUGACUAGGGAGGACUUUGUGAAAACCCCGACGAUGCCUAUCCAGCGCAAAUUUUCAGACGCCCAGUCCUUCCAUUCCACCUCCACAUUCCAGAACUCGAUCUCUUUGUCGGAGGGCAACCCUUUCACCAUCGCCGCGAAGCUCUCCUCCAUAAGUCUUCUGCCGUUGAGUGGGUGGGGUGAGGAUGCUGGGCAAAGCGACAGCACCACCGUACUCCGUUCCGGUGAGGCUCCCCCACCAGCCCACCGGACGGGCGCCGUGAUGCUUGAAAAGCCGUGGAUCAACCCUUCGGCUGGGGAUGCGCAGGAGUCGUACGCGUUGAAGAAGAUCCUCUGCCGUGGCGCCAAGCUCACUUUUCAGGACUUUACCAAUAACAACCUGGACGAGCUCAUGGAUAUCAUCUUCGUGGAGUCCUCCUGGGCGACGACGGAUAUCCUGCUGCACACCUUAUGUCUGGUGAACCGGCUAACAGAGCGCUACCCGCAGUGGUAUCAACGGCCACCGGCGGACGACGCGGGCGACCGCGAGGCCGCCGCACGGGCGCACGCGGAAACCUCGCGAGAUUCCCCGUACACGUUGCUCUCCCACAGCACUCGGGGUGGAGGGGAGGGGCCUUCCUCGCACACAACCCCUCAUUUUUCUAUCUGCGACCACUCCGAGAACGGCGAGGACCCCUCGCGCGGGGGGAUGGAGCGGAUUCGGUGGACGAAAUCAACGAGCCUCCGCUGCUUCUUGGCUGCCCUGAUGCUCUCGAAUAAGUUUCACGGCGAUACCACCUACGACGCCGUUUCUGUCUGCGCGGUGGUGGAUUCGGUGCGGGAGUAUCAACGGUCGGGGAUCUCCCCUUUCGCGGCCGCGCCACGGGAAGGGGGAGAAGAGGACGGGCUGGAGAUCCCACCAAAAGCCCAUGCGCGGCCCUCCUCUUCUGGCGGUGUUUACCUUCGCCUUCGGCCCGCCCACCUUCAUCGGUGUGAGCGUCGUGUGUGGGAGGCCCUCGGCUGCAGCGUGUGGGUGACCGUGGAGGAGUACGACAUGUGCGGCGCCCACGUCUACGCGCGCGGACGGUGCUGA